UGAGGUUAGGCUACUCUGCUGCAUCCCACACCGCUGUCAAAAUGCGUGUUUUGUGGGGUGGAUUUAUCAUCCAUUUCAUUGCAAUUUAGAACAAUGGUCCGGCAUCCUUUUGCUAGGUAGAAGCAAGCUAGUAUGCUAUGAGUCAGAGAGCUAUCCGUUUGAACAAAAUGAUUAAACAUGGCAUUCGACAGAAUUUGCUAUGCCUUAGCACCAUCACAAACCAGUUGAGUGCUGAACAUAUUUGAAAGACAGUGGGCUUAGGCGGCCAUGGACCUGUUCAGCCAGCUCAUCCUGGUCAUCUCGGUCACCAGUUUCCUCUCCUUCCAGUGGCUCUUCCACUGGGUCAGUCCCUGGGUCUCCACCCGUGUCAGCCCUGGCUUCUUACGCCUUGCAGACAAGCAGAAGGUGGAGUGGAACUCAAGCAGAGUGUACUGUAUACUGCAAAGCCACAGCUGUCUUGAAGAUUACAGGACAGUGUCCACGCUUCAUGCCCUGGUGGUGGGACUCUGCUGCCUCUACAUCCUGCUCUUUGAUGACGCCAUCAAUGAAGACCCCGUCUGGGGAGAUCCCACACUUGUGAAGAUAAAUGUUGGCGUGACAACAGGCUACCUCAUAUCUGAUCUGCUGCUAAUAUUUUACUAUUGGAAGGCGAUAGGCGACAAGUUUUUUGUCGUGCACCACCUGGCAGCGUUAUAUGCUUACUACUAUGUACUGGGACAAGGAAUGUUGCCUUAUUUUGCUAACUUCCGUCUGCUUGCAGAGUUCUCCACGCCGUGUGUCAACCAGCGCUGGUUCUUUGAAGUGUUAGGUUACUCCAAGUCCUCCAGGCCCAACAUCGCUAAUGGGAUGGCCAUGGCCGUUGUCUUCUUCCUGGUUCGCAUUGCCGUCAUGCCUCUCUACUACAGCCGCAUGUGGUCCGUGUAUGGCACCGAAGCUUUCUACCGCGUCCCACCGGGAGGCCGCGCUGCCUGGAUCAUCUCCAGCAUUUGUCUGGAUGUCAUGAACGUCAUGUGGAUGCACAAGAUCGCCCGCGGCUGCUACAAGGUCAUGCGCUCGGCCCGACGACACAAAGUGGGGACACAGGAGAACGGAAAGACUGACUAAAAAGCAAGAGGAUGGUUGAUGUUAUGGGUAGGGAGAGCCCAUUGAACCACUGUCCCCUUUUAGUGCACAAUUGGAUUAGUAACUUUACCUGACUGGGACUACUGUUUCAGUGUCAACUAACUUACAAAAAGCUAAGUCUUGCACUGACUGAACUUUAUGGUAGUGGACGCAGGACAUUGAUGUGGACAAAGGGGCAAUAUCUUGGGCAGUGAUGUGUAUAACUGCCUCUUAGCAAUACUUCCUGUGCAUGGCAAAUUUACUUUUCUGUUGCAUUUUCUCACAAAGCAGCAUGUCUGGGAUGAUGUCCGUUUUUCCCAAACGCUUCACCAAGUCAAACGUUUACUGCUUGUUCUAGACCAUAGACUCAAAUGUGUGAAUGGUCCUGUGCUCCCCAAAACAACUUGAAGCACCUCCCUUUCAUUUGGCUUUUUAUAUACAUUUGAAGUCGGAAGUUUACAUACACCUUAGCCAAAUACAUUUAAACUCAGCUUUUCACAAUUCCUGACAUUUAAUCCUAGUAAAAGUU